AUUUAUUUGCAUUUUAAAAAAUUAUUAUUGAAUUCGAGUCCGCUUCGAAAUUCUUCGGGGUCUGCGGUUUGGGAAAGCUCAAUCCGAAGCGGGUUCGAGUGGUUUCUUCGUCGGCGGGAAAGGCCUGUUCUGAGCGGAACCAGGAUGGGGGCUCCGAUGGAAGCAACGAUGACCGACGACGCCGUGAACGGUGAUUCCGAGGACAGUAGAGGAGGAGGCAGAUCCAGAAAUCUCCCAAGGCUCUUCAUCAAAGAAAUGGUGCUCCGGAAUUUCAAAUCCUACGCCGGCGAGCAACGUGUCGGCCCCUUUCACAAGAGUUUUUCCGCGGUGGUUGGUCCUAAUGGGAGUGGGAAGAGCAAUGUGAUUGAUGCCAUGCUUUUUGUGUUCGGAAAACGAGCCAAGCAGAUGCGCCUUAACAAAGUUUCAGAGCUCAUCCACAAUUCUACCAAUCACCUGAACCUGGACAGCGCUGGUGUCUCCGUCCACUUUCAGGAGAUCAUUGACUUGGAUGAUGGGACCUAUGAAGCUGUUCCAGGCAGUGAUUUUGUAAUAACACGUGUUGCAUUUCGGGACAACUCAUCUAAGUACUACAUCAAUGAUCGACUUAGUAAUUUCACAGAAGUUACUAAGAAGCUGAAAGGGAAAGGGGUGGAUUUGGAUAACAACCGAUUUCUAAUACUUCAGGGCGAAGUUGAGCAGAUAUCAUUGAUGAAACCAAAGGCUCAAGGACCACAUGAUGAAGGAUUUCUUGAAUAUCUCGAGGACAUAAUAGGAACAAACAAAUAUGUUGAAAAGAUUGAUGAGUCAUAUAAGCAGCUAGAAGCCCUUAAUGAGAGUAGGUCAGGGGUAGUGCAGAUGGUGAAAUUGGCUGAGAAAGAAAGAGAUGGCUUAGAGGGUGUGAAGAAUGAAGCAGAAGCCUAUAUGCUGAAGGAGUUGUCACUGUUGAAAUGGAAAGAAAAGGCCACAAAAUUUGCUUCUGAAGACAAUAGCUCACAAAUGAUGCAAAUAAAAGAAAGUGUGUUCAGCUUGGAAGAAAAUAUAAAAAUUGAAAGGGAAAAGAUUCAAGAAAAUAAUAAGCAACUAAAGGAGCUCGAGGCCUUGCACUCAAAGUAUAUGAAGAAACAGGAGGAACUGGAUAGUGGGCUCAGACGCUGUAAGGAGGAGUUCAAAGAGUUUGAAAGGCAGGAUGUUAAGUACAGGGAAGAUUUAAAGCACAUGAAGCAAAAGAUUAAGAAACUGGAUGAAAAAAUUGAGAAGGAUUCAUCAAAGAUUGAUGACAUCACUAGGGACUGUGAGGAUUCAACAAAUAUGCUUCCACAACUGGAGGAAGACAUUCCAAAACUGCAAAGUCUUUUGUCGGAAGAGGAGAAGGUUUUGGAGGAAAUAAAGGAGGAUUCUAAAGUUGAAACUGAAAAGUAUCAUGGUGAGCUGGCUAAGGUACGUGCUAAACUAGAACCUUGGGAGAAGCAGUUAAUUGAGCACAAGGGAAAACUUGAAGUUGCUUGUACCGAAUGCAAUCUUUUAACUGAGAAGCAUGAAAAAGGUCAUGCUGCUUAUGAAGAUGCUCAGAAGCAGAUGAAUGACAUUCAGAAGAAAAUUGAGACAAAGACCGAAAGCAUUGCAAACAUUCAGAGUGCAUUAGAGAAACACAAGCUCGAAGCUGCUGGUGCUCGUAAAGUGGAGCAAGAUUGUCUCAAAGAACAAGAAGCACUAAUUCCUCUUGAACAAGCUGCAAGGCUAAAGGUCUCAGAGCUUUCAACUCUAAUGGAAUCUGAAAAGAGAGAGGGAUCUGUUCUGAAAGCAAUACUUCAAGCAAAAGACGCAAACCAGAUUCAAGGAAUUUACGGUCGAAUGGGUGACCUAGGUGCCAUUGAUGCAAAAUAUGACAUUGCCAUAUCCACAGCAUGUCCGGGGCUUGAUUAUAUUGUUGUGGAAACAACUAGUGCAGCUCAAGCAUGUGUGGAGCUGCUUCGUAGGAAAAACCUUGGCGUUGCUACUUUCAUGAUUUUGGAGAAACAGGUUAAUCAUCUGUCUAGAUUACAGGAGAAAGUAAACACUCCCAAGGGGGUCCCUCGCCUUUUUGAUUUGGUGAAAGUUCAAGAUGAGAGAAUGAAGCUUGCUUUCUUUGCAGCACUGGGGAACACAGUUGUAGCUGAGAAUAUUGAUCAGGCAACACGUAUUGCAUAUGGUGGAAACAAAGAGUUUCGACGUGUAGUAACACUAGAUGGUUCUUUAUUUGAAAAAUCUGGUACCAUGAGUGGUGGGGGAACUAAACCACGUGGUGGCAAGAUGGGAACAUCUAUCCGAGCAACCAGUGUUUCUCCAGAAGCUGUUACAAAUGCUGAGAUUGAGCUUUCUGCAAUGGUUGAAAAAUUGGGUAUCAUUCGCCAAAAAAUGGCUGAUGCAGUGAGGCUAUACAAGGUCUCUGAGAAGACAGUUGCACAGUUGGAAAUGGACUUAGCCAAAUGCCAGAAGGAGAUUGACAGUUUGAAAGCACAACAUGGUUAUGUUGAAAAACAACUUGAUUCCCUGAAGGCUGCAUCAGAGCCCAGGAGAGAUGAGCUUGAUAGGCUUGGAGAAUUGAGGAAUAUUAUGUACGGAGAAGAAAAAGAGAUUGAAAGGCUUAUAGAAGGUUCAAAGCAACUGAAGGAGAAGGCAUUGGAGCUUCAGAGAAGAAUAGAGAAUGCAGGAGGUGAAAAACUGAAAUCACAGAAGUCAAAGGUCAACAAGAUCGAAUCUGACAUUGAUAAGAACAGCACAGAGAUCAACCGCCACAAAGUUCAGUUAGAAACUGGCCAAAAAAUGUUAAAGAAAUUAGCUAAGGGGAUUGAGGAGUCAAAGAAGGAGAAAGAACGACUUCUUGGGGAGAAAGAAAACUUCCUUUCAAUGUUCAAAGUCAUAGAGCAAAAGGCAUUUACUGUUCAAGAGAAUUAUAAGAAAACACAGGCGUUAAUUGAUCAACAUAAAGAUGUGCUGGAUAAAGCAAAAUCUGACUAUGAGGCACUAAAGAAAACUGUGGAUGAGUUGCGAGCAUCUGAGAUUGAUGCUGACUAUAAGUUACAAGACAUGAAAAAGGCCUACAAGGAAUUGGAAAUGAAGGGAAAAGGACAGAAGAAGAUGCUUGAUGAUUUGCAUGUUGCUCUCUCAAGGCAUAUCGAACAAAUUCAGAAAGAUUUAGUAGACCAGGAAAAGUUUCAAGCAACAAUGAGUGAUGAAACUCUUGCCACAUCUUGUGAUUUGAAAAGAGCCCUUGAAAUGGUGGCAAUACUUGAAGCACAACUGAAAGAGAUGAGCCCAAAUCUGGAUUCAAUUUCAGAAUACCGGAGAAAAGUUUCUUUGUACAAUGAAAGAGUAGAGGAUCUCAACACAAUUACCCAACAGCGGGAUGAGAUAAAGAAACAAUAUGAUGACUGGAGAAAGAAAAGGUUGGAUGAGUUCAUGGCAGGAUUUAACACAAUAUCUCUGAAGUUGAAGGAAAUGUAUCAGAUGAUCACCCUAGGAGGUGAUGCAGAACUUGAGUUGGUGGAUUCUUUGGAUCCUUUCUCAGAAGGCGUUGUUUUCAGUGUAAGACCUCCUAAAAAGAGCUGGAAAAAUAUUGCAAACUUAUCUGGUGGUGAAAAGACACUUAGCUCAUUGGCUCUUGUUUUUGCACUCCACCAUUACAAACCCACGCCACUUUAUGUUAUGGACGAGAUUGAUGCUGCUCUGGAUUUUAAGAAUGUUUCAAUUGUGGGACAUUAUGUCAAGGACCGUACAAAGGAUGCACAGUUCAUCAUCAUCAGCCUUAGGAACAACAUGUUUGAGUUGGCUGACCGACUCGUUGGAAUAUAUAAAACUGACAACUGCACGAAGAGCAUAACUAUUAACCCUGGAAGUUUUGUGGUUUGUGAAUGAGUUGCUUAUUGGCUGGACAUUCACAGAAGAAUUCCUG